CAGCUCCUGCCACCCCUCCCAGAGCCUCUGCCAGCAUUCACUGCAUCUCUGCAUCCAGCUCCGCUCACCUGUUGUUAUUUUGGAUCCUCUGGAGCAGCUCUUUCCAGUCUCCCAGCACCAUGAAGGCCUUAAACCCAAUCCUCUUCCUCCAUAUCUUCCUCCUGGCUGCGCUGGGUUCCAGGGCAGCCCCUUCAGCCCAACCCUCUGCUGCCCCCUACUCUGAGGCUUCUCCUGGUGGGUCUGCAAACCCCACCCCAGAAUUCUCUGGAACUUCUUAUCCUGAGCCCUCCCAGGCUGCUCACCCAGUUUCCCCUGAGUCCUCCCUCCCUGACUCCACUGAGAACCCCAACCCUGACUUCCCAGAAAUCCCACACCCGGAGUCUCCUGAGACCCCCAGACUCAACUCACUCAACAAUUCAGUAUCCGAUUCCCUGGAAAUACCCCAAGUGAACCCCUCCAAAACAAACUACUCACAACCUUCCGAGACCACUAAAUCUACCCUGCCCAAAGUUCCACAGACAGAAUCCCCGAGCACCCCCCAAUCCAAUAGCGUAUCUGCUGAGUUCCCAAACCCUGGCCAAACUCAACAUCCACAAUCCCCAGAGGUUGCCAAACUUAACUCCUCAGAAAUCUCAGAUGUAGAAGUCCCUGACACCCCAACUCCCAGUCCCACCACAACCCUUUACCCUGAACUGCCAGAAAUCCAUAACGCAGACACCACUGAGACCCCAAGCUCUAAAAGCCCCCAAACCCUUCUUCCGGACCCUACAGAAUCACUGCACCCAGAAUUCCACGUGACCCAGAAGCCCAGCCCCCCUGAAACUCCCCAAACAGAAGUCCCCACAACCCACUCCCAGGAUGCAACAGAGACCCCCGUGGUGUCCCACCAUGAGAUUGCCGCUAGUCUACACCCAGAAACACCUGCACCCCUCAAAGAGGAAGCUUCUGCCCUCAACGAAUCCUUGAAGCCCAAAGCCAGUGUCCCGGGAGCUCCCCGACUCGACUCCCUCCACUUGCUCACAGACUCUCCAGCCACCCUAGAUAUGACUGCUCCCCAGAACAUAAGUCCCAAGGGAACCAAUGCCCCUCCAACUUCAGCCCGCAUCGUGAGCCCUCCUCUUCCUUCUGGGACCCCCAAUCCACCGGCCCCUGACACCCCCAAAUCCCCUCAGCGGCGCAACCGAGGCGAACGAGUCAACACCAUCAUUGUCGUGGAGCGAGUGGAAGAGACAGGGGUGACGCUGGUGGGGCGCCCCCGGGGCGCCGCGGGCGGGGCUCUCUGCCUGUUCCUCGCCGGGACCGGGCUGCUCAUCGGCAUUCUGCUGCUGCUCUGGUGUCUCUACCGCCGGGCGUCACGCCACCGGCCCUUCGCACACCACCGCCUUCCCAGCGACGGCGACGAGCCUGUUAUGCACUUGGAUGCUCCGAAGGACCCCUACGACCUCUACUUUUACUCUCCUGACGCCUGGGUCCCUUCUCACAUCGCCACCAAGCAGCCACCCUCCACACCUCCACUGCCCCCCAAACUGCCCCCGCCACCUCGCGGGGGCCGCCCCCAGCGCCUGGAACCGCUGUCCCCCGCCACGCUUCCCAACAACUUUGUGUGAGCCCUGCUUAGUCCUGCAGACCCCAGCCAGGCCCAGACGGAGGAAGGACUGGGUAAUCCUGUCCUCCAGCAUGCUUUGCUACGUAGUGGUGUCCUGGGAUAGAGGGGUCAGCCCAAAC